AUGAAGUUCCUUACCGGAAUACUCUUUGCCCUUCAGAUGGCAUCCGCCCAUCCGCCCACCCAAGACAUUAAGGAUGAGGUCAUAGCAUUUACCCAGUUCCUCAACCUCAGCACCGCCGUCAGUGAAGGUAUCGCAGCACUCUUCCGACAACACCCCAAGCCCAUCGCAGGAAACGUGGACCUCGCCUGUCAAGUAACCCGUCUAAUCUUCGGUUCCUCGUACUCAGACCCUGUUACCGAUAGCACUACCUACACCACUCUCGCCGACAUCAACUGGUCGCAGUCAUGCCGCCUCCGCCCUUCCUGCAUCGUUACGCCAAGAUCUGCACUGGAAGUCUCUGCCGCGAUUAAGGUAAUUUCGUUCCUGGAUAUCCCAUUCUCCGUGCGCAGCGGCGGGCAUUCCGCGAAUCCGGGUCGGGCGAAUACCGACACUGGGAUUCUUAUUUCUUUGAACGAAUUGAGCGAGGUAUCUCUCAGUGCUGAUAAGACUGUUGCAAGUAUUGGUCCUGGGAACCGGUGAGGCGCUGCGUACGAUGAGCUGGCACCGCAUGGAGUUGGUGUUCUUGGGGGAAGGGUUCCCGACGCUGGAGUUGCGGGAUUGAUCCUUGGGGGUAAGUGUCCUUCACCCCCCCCAUAAAGCUAAGCCAUUGGCUAAAUACAGGUUAGGCGGGAUAUCUUACUUCACAAACGGCUACGGUUUCGCCUAUGAUAACGUCAUGAACUUCCAAGUUGUCCUCUCCACCGGCGAUAUCGUAAAUGCAAAUGCGGAUGAAAACCCAGACCUAUUUUGGGGCCUCAAAGGCGGGUCUGGCAAUUUCGGUAUUGUCACAAGAUUCGACCUAGCAACGUUCCCGGAGCUUUCUAGCUUCCGCUACGAAGUCCUCCGCUACUCGGCCGCGCAGAACGAGAAGCUGCUCGAAGCGCAGGAGGAGUAUCAACGAGUUGGAGAGCUUGAUGCGAAGUCUGGGAUUAUGCAAUUGAUCAACGCAGAUACUUCAUUGAUAGCCUUGGUUUAUACCGGAGGCCGCCCUGACGAACAGCCGGCAGCAUUCAAGCCAUUCUAUGAAGUCCCCGGAAUCUCCCCACUCGUGCCACCGAUAGCUGGCGGGUUAGCUGGGCUGACGCAGGCAUUCGCACCGCUCUUCUCCGGGCCCACCAAAAGGUAUGCUUACUCCCCCAGUACGCAAGAAGGACACAUUAAACCCACGAGGAAAUAGACACACUAUCGGCGUUGUAGCCACCCGAAUCGACGUAGACCUCUAUAAAGCCCUCUACGUCCGCUACGAACCCAUCCGAGCAGAAGUCGCCCAGCGCGCAAACGGAUCUCUCUCCUUAGUCAUGCAAAUAAUUUACAAAUCUGCCAUCGAGUACAGCUCCCGCACCCACGGGAACGCGAUGGGAUUCUCAGAUGAACCGCAGCAAUUCACACACACCCUCCCCCACCACCUCCCUACUCUUACUAAUUCACUGCUGAAGGGCUCGUCUACCUCUUUGACUGGACAAACCCAGACGACGACGCAUACAUCUUUAAUACAGAAAAGCGACUAAAAAACGAGUGGAAGGAAUUAGCGGAGGCUAAAGGGCUAUAUUUGCCCGGUCAGUAUCUAAACGACGCUUCUCAUGAGCAGGACCCGUUCUCUUCUUACGGUAGGGAGCGCUAUGCCAAGUUGAAGGCUAUAAGUCGGAGGUACGAUCCUGGGCAGGCCUUCCAGAGGCUAUCCAAUGGGGGGUUUUUGUUGAGGGAUGCGGAGAAAUUUUUGUAGUCUGUGUGUAUUGUACCUUUUUGGAAGGGG